AUGGAGGAGUUCUGGAGUCUUUACAAUAACAUGCAUCCUCCAACCAAGUGGGUUCAUGGGUCGGAUCUCUACUGCUUCAAACAUGAAAUCGAACCCAAGUUGGAAGAUCCUGUUUCUGCUAAUGGAGGAAAGUGGACAAUGAUGUUCCCUAAGGCUCAGACUACACUGGAAUUCAAUUGGCUUAACACGCUAAGCAUUGGAAAACAGUGGAAGGAACUUCUUGGUUGCAAUGAGACAAUUGGAUUCAUAUUCCAUAUAGAGGAUGCAAAGACUCUUGAUCGUAAUGCUAAACUUCGCUAUACUGUAUGA